CAAAGCAGAAGAAUUCCAGUCAACGUGCUUCCUGUGUCAUGGCUACUCUCGGCAGUUCGACUAUGGAUGGCGAAGGAGGAGUGUCAGAGGAUGCCAUUAUACAACGACAAAAGAAAGAGAGAAGAGAAUUAUUAGCUCAGAUUCAGAAGCUGAAGCACAGUGUACCGAAAGGUGACAAGAAGAAGAAGAAAGAGGUGACAGAGCAGGUUGCAGCACUGGAGGCAGAAUUAACACAGAGACAUGAAACUGAACUGGAGGAGUUUAAGAAACAUGGUGCAAAGGUAGAGGAAGUUAUUGACAAGCUGGAACAGCUGGAAUCUAAUGAUCAGGGGGAGACAACUCCUGCCCAGACAGAUGCGGAAGCAAAGCAAAAGAAGGCAUCCAAGGCCCAGAAGAGAAGGGAGAAGAAGGCGAACCAGUUUCGGGAACGCGAAGAACGUAUCAAGGAACAGGCGGUGGAAAGCCUGACGGGCGCCCGGCACACGGAGACCCGUACCAUCAAGUCCCUCCUGGAGAAGAGGGGCCUCCAGAUACAUGAGAUCUACUCUGAUGGAAACUGCCUGUACAACGCCAUCACCCAUCAGCUGGUGCCUCGAGGGGUGGAGUCUUCCAAUGAAAUCCUACGGACACAAACAGCCGACUUCAUGCGGAGUCAUGAAGAUGAUUUUCUACCAUUUCUGACCAAGCUGGACACUGGAGACCCCUACUCACCAGAGGAGUUUCAGAACUACUGCAAUGAUAUAGCAUCAACAUCAGCCUGGGGAGGCCACCUCGAGCUACGGGCUCUGUCACAUGUGUUGCGUCUCCCCCUUGAGGUGAUCCAGGCAGAGGGGCCCUCCAUCUUGGUCGGGGAGGAGUAUUCAGACAGCAGUCCAGUCAUUCUCACGUAUCACCGCCAUGCAUUUGGACUCGGGGAGCAUUACAACUCGGUGAAGGAGAAGCAGCCAGACACGCAGGAGGACGGCUUCAGCUAACCCUGAUAUAACAUAGGAAAAACAUCUCCAAGGUCACAUGACAAGACAAACAGGGUCAAGGUCACCUGAUCAGCCAAAGGUGAAGAGGAACGUCUCAAAGACCAAUCAGGGUCAUUGUGUGAAAGGCUGGACUCUUACAACAGUUGCAUAAUGGUGUUGGAUUGUUUGUUAUUACAUAUUUCCUGAUGCUCGGGUCGUGUAAUAUAUCAUAUAUAUCAUGAGUAGGUUAGAAAAUGUCCAGCUGUUUUAUUCUGUGGUAUUGCCCAACCACAAGGGGACAGCCAUUUUGUUUGCUGCAGGGUUUUAAUUGACGUGUAAUUACCGCGUAUCUGGUGCAAUAAUUUCAUGAGGUACUCAAAACAUUUGACGUAAGGGAAAUCGCUACGGAAAUAUACAUUCAGGCUAUUUACAAUAUUGUAA